UCCUCCUGCUGCUCCUGCUCCUCCUCCUCCUCCUCCUCCUCCUACAGAGAACAUCUUUCUGCAGAGGAACCUGCAGUCAUUGAUAUUCUGAUAUUGUGUGUAAUAAAUGCUGCAGCCACCAGCAGAGGGCGUACGUCAGGUGGUUGAACAGGUGUGCUCAGGUGUUUCCUCUCCUCCUCAGAGGAUGGUGGAUGUGGGGAAGGAGGAGGAGCAGGAGGAGGCCCCUCCACCUUGCAGGACCCUCCCACCUCUCUGCUCUAUCCCCAGGAGGCUGAUCGUCUCCGCGAGCCUCGGGGGAACACCUGUCAACCCCCAGCUGACGGAGAGUCUGAGGAGGAUUUUAUUUGGAGGAACUUUUCACGUCUUCAACUACGAGUGGAGAAAAUCUUUCUUCCAGUUCAGAGAGCUAACUGAGUUAUCCUUUGCUCUGGACACUGACAGGGGCGGGGCUCGGGCCAUUCAGAUGGUCGUCCAGGCUCGGAUCAUCAAACACCUGCUGUUCGGUCGUCAGGGCGGCUCAGAGGGACGGAUGCUGCACAGUCUGAGUGAGAUCGGACAGAGGGACCAAGACAGGGCGUUGGCGGCAGCGUUGUGCGACAGCCUCUGGUUGGCCGGCCAGGAGAUCAGUGCCACCGUUACCUUGGUAACCGAGGACUACUGCAUCACCCCUCACCUGGACUACAAACUGGACAACUUCACAGAGAAGCUGCAGCUGUUCACAUUUAACGAGAAAGACGACCUCAGGAAGUUCAUCCUCAACCACAUACAGUGUUUUAAAGAGGAGGGGAGUCAUGGAGUCAUCCUGUUCCUGUACAGCCUCAUCUGCUCCCGGACAGUCGACAGGCUGAAGGAGGAUCUGGAUUCUACCACCUCCCACCUGCUUUACCUCAGUCUGGGUAACUUUGUCUGUCGACAGGCUUUACUGAACCUGCUGCUGACCGGCAGAGCCUGUCCUCAUGUCUUCAAUGGGACUCUGUACUUCGGGGAGGAUGGGCUGCCUCUGGAGCGCCCCCUGCAGGGCGUCCUGUCCCGCAGCGAUGUGGGGUAUCUGCACUGGAGCCGAGAGCAGAUGGAGAGAGACCGGCUGCCUCAGGUGGGUAGUAUGCUGAAGACGCCAGUGUUUCCAGUCUGGGUCUGCUGUAUUAACGGCAGCCACUCAGUCCUGUUCAGCCUGAACCGGUCUCUGCUGUCUGACUGGAAGAUGGAGCAUCUGUUCCACCUGUUCUACUACAAUGGACAGAGCUCCCAGAGAACUGUAACCAGGCUGACUGUCGGUGAGGAACCACAGUCACAUUGGAUCAGGUCUGUCCAGGAUCUGGUCUGGUCAUGUCCUAAACCACUAUCUGUUUCAGAUACCCACUCCCACCACUGGGAGGCAUCAUCCAGAGACACAGAUGGAGAUCCAGAGAAGAGGUUUCCUUCGCUGGAAAUGACCAUUAGGACCAAGUGGGAAGGAGCCGCUAUUGACUGGAACGACACGGCACCUUUCUACUGAA